AUAUUAGAUUGAGGGUUUGACCGGUCACGAAAUCUUCGAAAACUAUGCCUGGAAAAUACAAAAUUGUUAUGAUUCGCCAUGGCGAAAGUGAGUCGAAUAAGAAGCGUUUGUUUUGCGGAUGGUUCGACUCCGAUUUGAGUGAUAAGGGUCGCGAGGAGGCCGUGGCCGCCGGCAAGGCGUUGAAAGCCGAGGGUUACACGUUCGACAUCGCCCACACGUCGGUGUUGAAGCGAGCCCAGAUCACUCUGAACUCGGUGCUGAAGGAAAUCAACCAGGCUGACCUCCCAGUUAGCAAGACUUGGAGGCUCAAUGAGAGGCACUACGGUGGACUCACCGGCCUUAACAAGGCCGAGACCGCAGCUAAAUAUGGAGAGGCUCAGGUCCAAAUCUGGCGCCGCAGCUUCGACGUGCCCCCUCCCCCCAUGAAGAAGGACCACCCCUACUACGACACCAUCGUGAACAACCCCUGCUACGCUGGUGACCAAAAACCUGGGCAGUUCGAGAGCCUCAAGCUCACUAUGGAGCGCACACUGCCGUACUGGAAUGAUGUUAUCAUCCCACAGAUCAAAGAAGGCAAGAAAGUUAUCAUUGUCGCUCACGAAAACAGUCUUCGAGGCAUUGUCAAGCAUUUAGAUGGCAUUAGCGACGCCGCCAUUAUGAAACUCAACCUGCCCACGGGCAUCCCGUUCGUGUACGAGUUGGACGAGGAUAUGAAGCCAACGGACUCCAUGCAGUUCCUCGGUGACGAGGAGACGGUCAAGAAGGCCAUGGCCGCCGUCGCCGCCCAGGGCAAGGCUAAGUAGAGAUUAGACUUUAUUCCUUCUGUAUAAGGUGUAUUGAGUUAUAUUCGUGAUU